UCAUUUGAAUACAAGCGAGAGAAACGGACGGCACGACAUAAGCGACCAGUCUUUAGUUGGGUCCCGAAAGGCUGUUUAAUCGCUCUCCCGGCUGUGAAUUAGACUCAGCUUUGCUUAUCCUACCUUUCUUAACCAAGCAGGCAUUCUGUUUCUGUGAGAAUUUCACAGAAAGACGAGCGUUUUUUAGAAGCAAUAUCGAGUUAUGAUGGCGGAUUUUCUGAUAGCUGGGGGAACUAGCUAUGUACCCGAGGACGGAAUGACUGCAGGACAGCUCUUUCAAAGCGACGGCUUGACUUACAGUGACUUCAUCAUUCUGCCAGGAUUUAUCGACUUCCCAGCAACAGAUGUGGACCUUACGUCACCUUUAACACGCAGAAUCACAAUCAAGACCCCAUUAGUGAGCUCCCCAAUGGACACUGUUACAGAAUCAGCAUUGGCAACUGCAAUGGCUCUUAAUGGGGGGAUUGGUAUUAUUCACCACAACUGCUCCAUUGAGUUCCAAGCCAAUGAAAUCAGGAAAGUCAAGAAGUUUGAGCAAGGUUUUAUAAUGGCUCCAUUAGUAUUAAGUGCCACUAACACUGUAGCAGAUGUGAUUGACGCCAAGCAAAGGCAUGGCUUUUCAGGAAUACCAAUUACAGAGAAUGGACAAUUGGGAGGAAUUCUCCAGGGAAUAGUGACAUCAAGAGAUAUUGACUUUUUACAUGGUGUUGAAAAUCACAAACAACUAGGGGAGGUCAUGACGCGGCUUGAAGACCUUGUUGUUGCCAAAGCUGGAAUCACUCUUAAUGAAGCCAAUAAAAUUUUGCAAAUGAGUAAAAAAGGAAAACUGCCAAUUGUUAACGAAAAGGGGGAGCUAGUCUCUUUAAUAGCAAGAACAGAUCUCAAGAAGAACAGAGAUUAUCCUCUGGCUUCUAAAGACGAAAAUAAACAAUUAUUAGUUGGUGCAGCAAUUGGCACGAGAGAAGACGACAAGGCGAGACUACAUGCCCUAGUUGAAGCUGGUGUGGAUGUUGUGGUGAUUGACUCCUCACAAGGAAACUCCAUUUAUCAGCUUUCAUUAAUAAGUCACAUCAAGGAAAACUACCCCAACCUACAAAUAGUUGGUGGCAAUGUGGUGACAGCUAGCCAAGCUAAGAAUCUGAUAGAUGCAGGUGUGGAUGCCCUGCGAGUCGGCAUGGGCAGUGGUUCCAUAUGCAUCACUCAAGAAGUAAUGGCUGUCGGCAGGCCCCAGGGUACUGCUGUGUACAAGGUUGCAGAAUACGCCCGACGGUUUGGGGUCCCAGUGUUGGCUGAUGGGGGUAUUCAAAACGUUGGACACAUAACCAAAGCUCUAUCCCUCGGAGCAUCAACAGUCAUGAUGGGAUCCCUGCUAGCCGGGACAUCAGAGGCCCCAGGAGAAUACUUCUUUGCAGAUGGCGUGAGGCUAAAAAAAUACAGAGGAAUGGGUUCCCUUAGUGCAAUGGAGAAAAACUCAAGCAGCGCCUCAAGAUAUUUUAGUGAAAACGACAAGGUUAAAGUGGCACAGGGUGUCUCCGGGUCUGUCGUCGACAAGGGCUCCAUUCACAAGUUUGUGCCAUAUCUCACGGCGGGAAUACAGCAUGGAUGCCAGGACCUGGGGGCUAAGAGCCUCACCAGUCUUCGAUCUAUGAUGUACUCUGGUGAACUCAAGUUCGAGCGGAGGACAACAUCUUCACAAAUCGAGGGUGGCGUUCAUGGUCUUCACUCAUACGAAAAGAGAUUGUUCUGAAUAUGUACCCUAUCCAAGAAAACAGUCUGCACGUGAACUCUGAUAAGAUUACAUAGUGAUAGAACUACGUAAAUAUUAUGUAAAUAUAUAUAAUUUUAUAUUUACUACAUAUAAAAUCCGCUAUCGAUUCCUUAUAUCUUCGCUAUUCAUUGGUUUUGCUCGAGACACGUGUUAAUAAACUCUUGCGUCCAAUGGUCAAAUGCACUAGACACGUGACUAUUACUUUGAAUUCAUUGAAACGUAGCACAAAUCACGUGAUCUUAGCGCCAUCCGUUCAUUUAUUGCUGUAGAAAAUGGCACGUGACCGAAAUUUAGAGCUCUCAUUGGCUUUUGAAAUACGUUCUGGAUCGGCAUAGAUAUUUCCCAACAAAAAAGAACAGAGCAGUCCGGAAGUCAUUGAUAGUUCCGCGCUUGUGGUAACUUAUUGUAGCUUUAAUUGAGUAUAGAUAAAAACUUAUUUGCUUAAACUACAAAACUUAACAAUACCAAACUUUUUUUUUGGCAAUGGUUCAGUUGGUCAUGUUAUAUUUACAAAUAUGUAACAAUAAUGAGGUUCUUUUAAGGACUUGUAAAAUAUUUAUGACUCUAGGCUGCAUAUUAUGAUAUCAUACAGCAAUAUUAAAUCAUGAUUAAAAAUCAGUAUUGGAA